AUGAACCGCCUUCCACACGGGGUCAUUCUCAACAUCGUUUCUCGUUUGGAGCCAUUGGACUGCAUCGAAUGGUCUCAAGUAUCCCGGCAAUGGCGACGCCUUCUACCAUUGUAUGCUGCGGAGCCUUGGCGAGAUAUUAAAGUGGACGUGAAUUCUUUUCGUAUGCUUUCCCAUCUUCAUGUCUUUGGUCGCUUUGUGAGAACAGCGAGACUCAAGUUGGGUGCACUUGGAGCAAUGCUCGUGGCCUUGGAUCGAUUAAAGUCAUGUUCUUUAUUGGAGAAGCUUGAGUUGCGCGAUGUCCAUAUUACGAACCCCUAUGCUAUUCAAGCACAAUUGGGCUUUUGCUUCAAGCAUUGGCCGCGUUUAGAUACAUUUGCCAUCAUCAAUUUCCAGGCUCCCAGAGUGGAAUUUUCAGAUUAUAUCCUUCUUGCAGCAAAAUACAACAUCCACCAUGUCGUAUGUAUCGGUGGUUACGGAUGUGGUUUCGAUCUAUCAAAACGUCUAUUGUCAUCCAGCAAUCUCAGCAUACUCGUUUCACUUAUCAUCGAUGCUCCAAACCUCAUUCCACCCACCAUCAGAACCCUCUUGUCUUCCACACCCAAUCUUGAAUUCCUGGAACUGGAACUAGGUUCAUCAUACCUUCGUCGUUAUGAAAGCGAAUUGGCAUAUGAAGGGCUACAUGAACCACCGCUCAUGCCGUCUAUCCUUACGUUGUUCCCCAAACUCACUCACAUUCACCUUGAUUACGGCUUGACGAUACCAGAUGAUGAGGUUCCUUCUUAUCCCAGAGAUUAUUUGCAAUUCCCUACCAAGGCAUCGGAUGAUCAGCAAGUUUAUCCUGGAUUACGCUAUUACUGGAAUGGGAUAUCAGCAUUUGACCAAGCUGAAUACGACAUGAUAUUGAGAUACCAAUCAACUUUGGAACAUCUUCAUUUUGGCUAUCGUGAGCCUUCCACCUUUGUCCCCGAUUGGGAAACGUUUACAAGAUGA